GAAGAUGAAGAACCAUUAGAACCCGAUGAGUUGCCUGAACACUUGCGCCCUCAGCCAAAAAUUGACUUAUCUAAUCUCGAUAGCAAAAAUCCAGAAGAGUUCUUAAAAGCUUCUAAAAAGGGGCGUACACUAAUGACAUUCGUUUCUGUGGAUGGAGAUCCAACACGGGAAGAAGCUGACACAAUUACAAAGUUGUGGCAGACAAGUCUAUGGAACAAUCACAUACAAGCUGAACGAUAUAUGGUGGAUGAUAAUAGAGCUAUAUUUCUUUUUAAAGACGGUUCUCAAGCUUGGGACGCAAAAGAUUUUUUAAUAAAACAAACGCGUUGCAAAGGAGUUACAAUCGAAAAUAAAGAAUAUUCCGGUGAAUGGAGCACCAGCAAUGACUCUGCAAAAGAGAAACAAGAAUUAUAAAAUUGUAUUUUCCACUUUCUUUAGAGAUUAUCUUAUUUUAAAUAAAAGCUGUUCUCAAAAUACGUUUAAGCUAAAAAUGGAAGUUCAUAUUUUUGCAAAUUAAUAAAAAUGUAUUUGAUAUCAUUAAAAUUACGGUAAUAUGUGCUAUAGAUAUAGUUCUGAGUAGAUUUUGUCUUCAAAUUGGUUUUAUGUAUUUUUUAAAUAACUUGUAGUUUCGUUUUCCAACUCUUGACUAACACUAUUGUGAAUCUGUCUUUAACUCAAUUGCACGUUUUAAUGACAGUUUCGACCCUUAAAUUUGACCGAUCCGGAUUUAUUUUCUUCCACUAAUUCAAAACCAUUCCGUUUAGAGAAUAUAUAUAAAUUAAUAGUUAUCAUAAUGCCCGUUCAAGCGAAAAUAGGUCCAUCAAUUUUGAAUGCGGAUUUGGCUGACCUGGCGAAUGAAUCGCAAAAAUUGCUAGAUAAUGGUGCAGAUUAUCUCCAUCUUGAUGUAAUGGAUGGUCACUUUGUACCAAAUCUAACUUUUGGUCACUCGCUAGUCAAGUGCUUAAGGAAUAAAAUUAAGAAAGAUUUUUUCGAAACUCAUAUGAUGGUAUCCCGCCCUCAGCAAUGGAUUGAACCUAUGGCUGAUGCCGGUGUAAAUCUUUAUACAUUCCAUAUAGAACCAGUUAUGGAAGAAGUUUCAAACGUUUGCCGAAAAGUACGUGAAUCAGGAAUGAAAGUAGGAUUAGCUUUGAAACCAGGUACUGAGGUCCAAGUUGUUGAAAGAUACGUUGACAUGGCCGAUUUAGUUCUAAUAAUGACUGUUGAACCGGGAUUUGGAGGGCAAUCAUUUAUGGCAAAUAUGAUGCCAAAAGUAGAGCGGCUACGUAAUCAUUACCCUAAUCUAGACAUAGAGGUGGAUGGUGGAGUUGGUCCAAAUACUAUAGAAACUUGUGCGAAAGCUGGCGCAAAUAUGAUUGUAUCUGGAACAGCCGUUAUACAAGCUCCUAAUCAGCGCGAUGUUAUAAACAUGCUUAGAGACACAGUUAAAAAAUACACUAACAACGCAUGCACACAUGUACAUUAAAUAUAUGACUGGUUGUUUUUUACAUAUUCGAGAAAUGAAUAGUGAUAGGUGCCUCAUAAAUGUGAGAUACGCUUGCGGAUUCAUGUACAUACAUACAUAUGUUAUUUUUACAAAUACACUAACUAUAUAUGACUUGUUGUUUUGCACAUAUUCGGGAAAUUAAUAAUAACAGGUGCCUCAUAAAUGUGAGGCACCCUUGGAGGUUAAGGUCUGUUAUUUUUACAAAAACUGCAUAUUUUAUAAGAAUUUUAUAGAAUAAUAUUAAAUAAAAAA